GGUUGCCAAGCGGCAGCAGUGGACAUGGCGGCCAGCGAGCCGGACUUCCUGGAGAGGGCGGGUGAACUUCAGCGGCAGCUGCACGCCAGCGAACGUAAACGGCUGGAGCUGGAAAAGAACCUUUUGGCAUGCAGCAAAUCAGAUCAGUGGAAGCUUAGGAGUGCCAGAUUGAAACUUUAUUUGAAAGAAGUACGUGAACAGGAGAGAAAAGCCCAACUUCGCAACCAACAGUUGCUCAAAGAUUUUGAGAGUUUUGAAGCUGAAAUCACAGCAUUAGCAGCAGGCUCAAGCACAUGGAAACAAUUGAAGAUGGAAUAUGAAAAACAGAUGGAAAGGUUACUUCCGGUUUGGAGGGAGAAAUUAAAGACUCAAGGAAAGGAAAAGGAUGAAAACAUGGAACAGGGAAGAAAUUCAUCAAGUCAAACCAGCACAACUGUUAGCAAAUACCUGUCAAAGGGAUUAUAUCACACUGCCACUCACUUCAUGGGCCAGCAAACAUCAGAGACCACAAAUAGAACAUGUUUGAGUUCACAACAAAACUAUUACCAGCCCAUGGAGAGCUUUUUAUCUCCUCAGCCAAACAGACAGGUGGCACCGGUGACAGCAAUGCAGAGUAAUUCAGUGAUGGACAACUUGAAGUUAGUCAUGUCAAGCACAGGAAGGCAAGACUGCCAUACUGUUUCUGACAGAAUGGACGGGAAGACCGAGCUUCUAGGCUGUGAAGUAAUGCCACUCACUCCCCUAAUCUCUUCUAAAACUGCAAGACAUAACAAUGAAGGGACAGAAAUUAAUAAGAAUAUUAGAGCAAAAGGUUCCGUUGGCAGUCCAGAAUUAACUUUACCUGUGGCUCAGUUAGAGCCCCUUAAGGAAGAAAUGAAAGAAGGCACAAUGCAGAAUGAUGUUAAGAAUCACCUGACAGAUGAAGAUAAAAUCCAUAACAAUCCUGCUGCAUGUGAACAGACCCCUGAGCAGUUUCAGACAUUGCCCAUGGAUCCAGUCAUUGGCAGUUUUGACAUGACCCUAAAGGAAAACAACAUUUUUCAAUUAGAAUCGACAUUUUCCCAGAAUCUGAAUAAGGAUGCAGCUGAGGCACUGAGGUCAAGUCGGGAAGUGCAGAGGCUGGCAGAUGAAGUGUACAAUUCAGAAAGUGACAUCAGUACUUCUGGUAGCAUUGAAGAAUUGCAGCUGAAGGAAUAUCUCGAAGACCCUUAUAAUUCCAUUCAAUAUUCUAAAGCAGCUGUAAAUGAUGAUCAGGAAAAGACUAACGAGGCAUCUUUUACCAAAGAUGAAAGCAUUUCAGUUUCAAUAAAGGAACACCAUGUGCCUUCCUUAACUCAGCCGUCAGUAUUAGACUGUGGCAGUUCUGUGAAUGGUGAUCUUCCUGGGGAACUACAUGGGUCCACAGCACAGUCUCUCAAUGAUGAAGGGUGCCUUUCAUUUGAAGGAUUUUGUCACUUACUUCAGUCAAUAAGAGAUGCUGUUGGGGGAACAAAGGCUACCUAUUCAGAGCUGUAUCAGACUACUGCAAUAAGUAAUGAAAAACUGAAGGAAAUCACAAGGAUAUGCAACAGGAAAGGCAGUUUGAACAAGGAAAGCCUAGAAGCCUGUGGAGCAGUUGUUCUUCAUCAGUUCAAGGAAUUGUUAAGAAAUACUUCAAAUGGAUGUCUGUUUUCUGAGGAAAUCUUGAAGAAGGACUGGGAAGCAGUUGAUAAAAUUAUUAAUAGAUUGUCAAAUGUACCUGCUGAUUCUGCCACACUGUGGGAUCAUUUGUACUCGCACAUUCUUUCUUUGUUGGAGCAUCAAGUACUGAGUAUAGAUGAGACAGCAGAGAUAUUUGGACCUUUAUUGGUUGCAGAGAACAGUAACUCAAAAAAGGCAGUAGCAUUAUUGAAGAAAAUCCUUUCAAAAGCAAUUGAACACCAGUCUAUUCAAAGCGAUGAAUCAUCUUGCAGUUUAUCAUCCAUUCUCAAUGACAGUGCAGAAAUUAAUGCAACAAACCCUGUGCCCUGGCUCCAUCUGAAUAAAACAAAGCAGCAAGAAACAAGAGCAUAUGAACUUAUGAAACAAUCAGCAAUGCAGCAGAAUAAGAAGGAUGGUUCAGACUUACCUUCACCAGAUAAAAGGAACCAGAAAUACACCAAGAAGAUGAAAAAUGAUACUGAUGAGGAUAAUCGUGAAACUGACUCAAGUGAAGAAAGUUCACCGUUAAGGUGCAGAAACAAACAUGAGGGAAUUAAUCCAGCAAAAUCUAAAGCUUUUUGGGGUGAAUCUGAAGACAGUGCAUCUGAUAUUGAAGCAAUUCUUCAUCCUAAAACUUCAGAAGUUCAAAAGGACGAAGAUGACUUUGAUGAUUUCUUUUCGUAACGAAACCUAAUCCUUCCAUUUGCCAGAAGAGGCACUAUAACAUAACCAGGAUAUGAAUAUGGAUAUGCAUUUGGUGAUAAAUCAAUGUCAUGUGAUGUAACAGGAAGUUACUACAAAUCCCAGUUCAUUUCUUUUUUAACAUUUGGGAGAUGUGCAAAAAAGGGAAAGCUAACAAUAGUGAAUCUUGCAACAUUACAGUUGCUGAGAUUAAUCAGGAUGAGGCCACUUUCACGGAUAUUUACAUACAGUUCCAAGGUAUUCCUUACAAACAUAAAUUGUGCCUGAUCCAAAAGAAUUGUAACUGUAAGGAUGGAGGGAAGAAAGAGAAGAAUAAGAAUAGUAAGAGAAGAAUAACUUACAAUUUAAUUUUUUUUGCAAUUGUAUUUGUGUUAUAAUAUGUUAACUAUUUUAAAGUGUUUUAAGUGUUUUUAGUUGUUUAUUUAAAAUGGUUAAACAUGUUCAAUUAUUUGUUUAAUUUUUUCAUAGUUUUUUUAGUGUUUUUAGAUGUCAAACAAGGUUAUAUCUUCACUGCCUCUUAAGAUCAGGGCACGUAGGGAUAGACAAUAAAAUGUUGGCCUUGUCAACAAUGCCUGCAUCCUGGAAACAAAUCUUAAAAUAUUCAGAAACUGAAAACUUUUGACAGGCAUCAAAGCUGGGGGGAAGGGCUUUGCUCACUGCCUGAGAUUUUCAAAAAGGUUUCCUAGGUCUUGUUCUGCUCACCCUCAUGACCCUAUAAGGUUGCUUGAGAUUCUGCUGCCACUAAGGGCCCCCUCUCAGAAAAUCUUGACUGUUGCUUCAUUUUUUGGUUCUGCUGCCAUUUCUGCAAGUGAUAAAUGCUGUGAGCAAAUGCCUCUUUAUGUUUUAAAAUCACACUUACAGUAUGCAAAUUAUGCAGUGAACAAGUUCAGUUCAGGGGCUAUCAUAUAUGCAGAAACCAAUUCUCCAAUGCACAAUGGAACAUUGAUACACAUUCCUCCAUAUUCAGUACCCACCCUCCAGAUAAUUGAAUAACUUUGCCUUUCUGAAUACGCCUCAGUGUGUUUGUAGGAACUUUAGGAGAGACAUUAGGAAGACACAAGGCAAUAUAUUGAUGAAUUAAAAUCUGGUACUUUGAGAGAGGAAAGAAUAUUUGCUAUCAGCAGAUUUGUGCUGGAAUCAGCUGAUUGAUAAUUCUUUUCCUGUGUACCUCACAGGUAUGUUCAUGACAUGAUGUCCCAAGUAUAGAUUUUAAGCAAAUGUAUCUUAAAUAUUAUAUACAAAGGAUCUCUAGAUAAUUGAAUAACCUUGCCCUUUCAUAAUGAAGCUUUUUAUUUCAAUUACAUAUUCAUUUCAGUUAUUUAUCAAACUCAUGUAAUAAAUGAUCAUAUCAUGCAUGUACAUCUUACAAUUAUUGGUGUUAGAGGCAUUUUAGUGAUCACACUUUCAUUUUAUAGUCAGAAGAUUUGUAUUAAGACUCUUUACAGAAACAUGAAACACAUAAUCCGGACAGUACUUUGGUCUCAUACUGAAGGAGUACUGCAUAGUCAGAUGUAUUAUUUCAAAAGGAACAUUAAACUAGGGACCCAGACUGCCUCUUCAAUGUCUCAUAUCAUUGUUAUUUUCAAGGGCAGGAAAGUUCCUGGUAGUGCCCUGUGAAUAUUCUUCAUCCAGCAGAUUUUUCUGAUCAUUUCCACACAUCCUGUAGGAUGUGGCUAUGUACAUUAUUUGGCUUCUGUGUUGCCUAAAUUACAACUCUGAGUACUUCAAAAUUGUUUAUUGGCUGUGGGGUGCACUGGGACAUAAUUAGUUUAUGAAUGGCAUUAUUUUAAUCCAAGCAUUUUGUUUUCCUUUUAUCACUUUUUUUUAACUAUUUGACAUCUGUUUUUGCUUUGGGGAUUUUGUGUAUUAAACUUAUUUUAGAAGAUAAGUUCUCUAUUCUUUCCAUGUUGGUGUUACUCCAUUGGGUAGAGAUGCCCAAUAAAUUGAAUUUUGAAAUCGCUCCAUUAACUCACUCAGAUCUUGAGCCUUAUGUUCCAGGAGACACUUGCAUUCCUCUAUUCCCACGAUGGACGUUUCACUUCUAGUUACUGCACUUGCCUCCUGCUUUCCAUUCUCAAAUCCAUUUAUGUGUGAUUUCCAUGGGUGUAAAUGCCUCCAAGUUCCAUUUUCUUCAACAAUGCUGUUGCUCUUCAUCUUUAGAUUUUUCUUUUUGAUCUCUUCAUCCUAACAAUGUAGAGUGCUCCAAGAAGCAUAGUUUUAUAUGAGAAGUGCUGCAGAAAAAUAACUUGUUAACAACAGUGAUUUUAUUUGGAUAGAAGAUGCAUUAUUGUGAACUUACUUGACUUGCUGGUAAGACUUGACUAAAAAAAAAUCAAACCUAACUUUGAUGAUGGGGCAAAGAUUCAUUUCUAACAUUAGGUAACAAUCUGAAGUCAAAUGUCUUUGAAGAUAAGUGGUUUGACUACACACAAUUCUAUUUGUAAUAAAACUGGAAAACUCCCAGUGUUGCAGAGGGUAUA